AUGUCGGGUAGUUGUAAUCCAAUAUCACGCGAUGGAAUGCAAUACAUAAGGUGGAUACAUUCAGUAUUUGGUUUUUGUGUGUAUAGCAACCAAGAAGCAUUAGUCAGUGAUAUAUUCGGAUAUUUAUGUAUAGCAUGUUGGUUGAACGCCCAAUUUCCACAAGUCCUAACAAAUUAUCGAAAUCGCUCAGCUGAUGGGCUUAGUUUACCAUUUCUCACAAAUUGGUUACUAGGCGAUAUUGCCAAUUUAUUAGGAUGUAUACUGACAAACCAAUUAAAAUUUCAGAUUUACCUUGCCGUAUAUUUUUGUUUCAUAGAUUUUAUUCUAUUUUUCCAAUAUUUUUAUUAUAUGUGGCCUUCAACAGCAAUACAAAGCGAGUCCGAAGAGGUUCCAUUACCAGAUCGACGAUUAUCCAUGCUACUAUUAAAAGACUCUAUAUUGGAAGGUGCGAAAAAGAGUUACACGUUUCCUACAAGGAAGAAACAAUCGUAUAAACGAAUACCGUCGGUAGUAUUUGCUGUUCUUCUCUUCACAUUUCAUUCCACCACUUCUAUAUCGUCUUCCUUCUCCACUUCACGUUUUUCCACUAUACAUGACGAAAUCGGAUCCCAAGAAACAACAUUGCGUGGAAAUGCAAAAUUAUUAUCCGAGCAUAAUUACACAAGAUCAUCGGUUGAGGGACUUUCAGUUUUUAUGUUUAUAUUUGCGGCCCUUGGCAAUUUGAACUAUACCCUAUCCAUCUUCACCAAUCCGUCAAAAUCGGAAUCAUAUUUACGUGAAGCAUUUCCUUUUAUAUUAGGAUCUGUUGGAACGUUAAUGUUUGACGUCACAAUAUUUUUACAAUGGUGUAUUUGGCGUGAUGCGGAACCUCGAAAGAAAUCACGUCGGAGUAUCUAUUCCGGCAGGUAUGGUAGUGAUGGCGUAAGGUAUCGCCAAUUAUCAUCAGAUGAUGGAAGUUUUAGAAGUGGAAGAUAUAAUCAGAGAAGCGAAAUCAACGGAAAUUUAGUUUAA